AUGUCUGCCGGCCGUCCACUCCCGACCGCGCUGUUCCCGGACGAGCGCGUCGCCGCCCUCCGCCUCUCGCAUCAUCACCUCGAACCGCAACCUCCACGCCUCUACCAAGGACAUCGCCGCAAGAGCUGGGUCGUCGACGACGCCGACGAGCUGAUCGAGUUGAGGGCGCGCGCUCGCACUUUCGACGGCGCCUACACUCGCACGGCUCUCGGCAACCUCGGUUAUGCGCUCGUCGUGCUCAAGAUCUUCACCGCCGAGUUUGCGCGCAUCGGGCUCAUGUACGUCAUCUUGGCCAUGCUGGUCAUGCUCAUCGGCCAACUGAGGCGCCGUCGGAGCGACCACGACUUUGCCGACUCGCACCGACCCGCCACCGACCCACAAGCCGCCGCCGCUCGCGCCAACGACCGGCUCUGGGGCCGCGACUUUCGCACGAGCGGCGACGUCGUCGUCCUCCUCGGCCUCGUCUGCGCGGCACUGUACAUCGCCAUCUUUGUCUCGAUCAUGCAGCUCGAGGGCUGA